AUGCCGCGAAAAUCCUUUAAAAUUAAGCCUGGUGUUAGAAAAUAUGGAACUAAAAGCAAUUACACUCCAGAAAUUUUGGAAGAGGCACUUAAUAAAAUUCAGUCAGGUGCCAUGUCUAGGAUGGAUGCUUCCAAACAUUAUAAUAUACCACCUGUAACAUUAUAUUACAAAUUAAAUAAGAAACAUAUCAAAAAUAUCGGAAGACCUAUUACAUUUACCGCAGAAGUGGAGGAGAGUUUUCAGAAUCAUUUGUUACUGUUGAGUGAUGUGGGCUUAUCAUUGAGUAUGUUAGACUUCAGGAUUAUCGUCAGAGAUCACCUAAAUAAAAACAACAGGAUUGUGCCGCAAUUCAGAGACAAUAUGCCUGGUUAUGAAUGGGGAACAUUAUUUUUAGAAAGACACCCUUUACUGAAGGAGAAACUAUCUCAUAAUAUCCCGAGAAAAAGAGCUCAAGUUAAUCGUGAGCAAGUUUUACAAUUUUUUAAUCAUUUUUCCAAGGAGAGUGAAGGCGUCGCUCCACAAAAUUUGUAUAACAUGGACGAGUCAGGGUUUCAUGAUGAUCCCGGGAAAAAGAAAUUGCUAUUUCGUAGAGAUUGCAAGCACCCUGAUGUAAUAAAAAACAGCUCUAAAUCGUGUUUUACCAUAGUCUUCUGUGGGAAUGCAGCAGGCCCAUGGGAUCAAAAAACAAGAAAAAAGAAAAAGCAAAGGGAUCCUGCUCCUUCUGGAGAAGUCUUGUCAACAGAAAAUGACAGUGAAAACAAUGAGGUCGUUGAUACUGUUAAGCAUGGUGAAGAAGGUGAUGGAAAUGAACUUAAGUCGCAAAACAUUGGAGGACACGCAAAGUUCGUCGUUGAGGCUAUGAUACACAGACCACCUUCUCCAGAAAUAGCUGAAGAUUUAUAUAUGCUUGACAUAGGUGAUAAUCUAUCUGUGCUUCAAGACCAAGAGGUUGAGCCACCGGUCAUAACAAUCCGAGGAGAUUUUACAAUUGGAGAGUCAGAAGAGCAAAUAUUAUGGGAAGAUAAGGAUUUGCCAAUUGUAGAAGAAUAUGUUGUGGAACCUAGCGGUGACUUAACAGCCUCUACGUCACAUAAGAGUGGAGUAACCCGCAAGGAAGAUAACACCGAAAAAAAUGAUUUUGUUAGAGAUUUGGUGAAAGAUGCUUAUUGUAUAUUUAGUAAUGAGGGGAGCAGGUUCCUAGGACAAAUACGAAAAGUAAAUUUGUCAACCGCGACUGUUAUGGUUUCAGCUUUCCAAAAAUCCUUUUUAGGAGGUUGGAAGUGGCCUUCAAAAGCCGAGAUAUUAAAAGUAAAGGUAUCGGAUAUAGUAAGUAUCGUAAAAGAACAUCAAAUCUCCAAGAAAGGUGGUAUAACAUACAUAGAAGAUGAAAUUUUAUUCAUGGAGUGGGGAGAGUAA